UCCAAGCUAAAUCUCCAACCGUUCGAGACACACAUCUCCAUCCUAGGAAUCAACAUUAUCUCACCUCGAAGAUCCAUACCUAAACACGCUUCGACGUUCGAUCAGCCAAUUGGAGUCGAACGAGAAAACGCUGUCAAGCCUUGUACCGGUGCGUGCAUGUGUGCGUGGGGCGGAUAUUUUCGAGGCUAUCCAACCACCACUGUCACGUGACUGCUCGAGAGCAGCAUUCAACGGACCAUGAGGAUCAUAAUUCUGGUGACCUUAGUGUUAACAAUCCUGACAGUGGCUUCGUCCCAGGACUACAAUCAGCUGUUCGCAGGAUUCGGUCCAUACCUGAGGCCAUCCACUGUCAUGAGAGAUCCGCGAUCGAACAGAGGUCCAGUGUUGUUCCCUCCGGGUCCUCCGCCGAACAGCGCGGACAGCAGCGGAGUGAUAGUGGGCGCGAGCGGAUACGGAUUCGUGCCACCCAACCAAGGUUACUACAGGUACUUUUAUUAUUAACAACGAACCAAACGGUGGAGGAAGAUUCGGAGUGUUGCAGCAACGUGAGUGACGGAGAAGUAGUACAAACCUACGAAAAGGGAUGAUUUUGGCAAUUCGAGACCCUUUUUGUAUCGUACACCCCUUAGAUAUUCUCAUGGUGCAUCAGAAGUGCUAGAAUCUGUUUCUAACAGCACCCACAGCAGUAUUUGUAUAAAGAAGAUUGUCGUACUAAUAUAUCGUUAAUAUAUUUCUGUGUCUAGUAUCGAUGUAUCUUGGAAUCACACUGAAAUUUCAGUCGAUUACCUGAAAAUUAUUCUUCCAAAGAUUUCUCUUCGAAGGUUCCUCUGUGCUGAAACGUUCACGGGCCUCGAUAUACCGAAAGUCACGUAGCGCGAUCGAUUA